AUGAAGACGAGGAGGGAGAAGAAGAAGAAGAAGAAGGAUAAAAUAUAUAGAGAAGACCAGGCAAUGGCAAACGAGGCUUUCGACCUGCCACUGGCGAAACGCCAGAAAGUCGUCACGGAAAAGACCAGCUAUUCUGGUGCGCCAGAGGGAUCGCGCAUCUUCACUCCGUUCAGAAUGCUGAUUCUACGGUCACAGACACUGGGCCUUGUCUCGUCCACGUCCGUCCCUUUCACCUGCAUCCCGUUAGGCAAGACGACAUUUCAAAUAACAACCUCAGUUGGCCACUGUUUACAGACCUAUGACUUACGAAGGGGGCUCAGCCUCGUCUUCUUGACCAGACCACAGACACCAGCUCUGAUCACGGCGACAUAUGCCUGGAAGGACCGAGUGUUCGCUGCCUGGGGCGGCCAGUCGUCUGCCCAGCAGCGCGGAGUUUGGGUGUUUAAGCGUGGAAAGAGGGUGGCUGAGCUCGAGAUGCCUGCCAUUGCCCCCGGUGCUGCCGCUCAGUCGAUCGAGCGAUUAGUCGUUUUUGGAUCCUGGAUUGUUGGAUGCUGUAGCAACUGUAUCCUUGUCUGGAAGUCUACGGAUUACUCACACUAUACGACCCUUACCCCAGCGGCCACGAAGGAGUUUACGAAACUGCUACCUAGUACCCUGUGCACCAUGCCCACAUACCUCAACAAGGUCUUUGUUGGACGGUCAAACGGCUGCGUUGACAUCUGGAACGUUUCUACGGGGAAAUUGGUGUAUUCUAUCCUCCCUACCGUCCCCGGUGCAGGCGCUGUGAGCGCAUUACAGCCUUCCCCGGCUCUAUCUCUCCUCGCGAUUGCACACGCAUCUGGAGCCCUAGUCAUUCAUAACGUACAGACGGAUAAGCCUGUACUUUAUCUAAGAAAACCUGGAGCGGCAAAUAGCUCGCCGAUAACUUCUAUUUCCUUUCGUACGGACAGGAUUGGGGCGGGGGAGGAUGGUCGGAAGGACGGUGUAAUGGCCACUGCCAACGCAGACGGUGGUGACAUUGUCAUGUGGGAUUUGAACGACGGUGGUCGUGUGACGGGCGUUGUGAGAAAUGCGCAUGAACCAUCUGGAGAAGACAGGGGUGUGCAGAUAAAUAAAAUCGAGUUCCUAGCGGGACAGCCAGUCAUGGUCUCAACAGGCUCGGAUAAUGCAUUACGCACCUGGAUAUUUGAUGAGACCCCAUUUUCCCCAACUCCACGGCCACUUCAUGUGAGGUCCGGACACUCCGCGCCAAUCACAAAAGUCAUGUUUGUUCCCUCGGGAUCCGAUGGGUCUGAAGUUGUAGGCAAGUGGCUCCUGUCUGCUGGCCAGGACCGUAGCCUCUUUGGCCUCAGCCUGCGCAAGGAUUCGCAGAAUUCAGAGCUCUCCCAGGGGAACGUGAAGAGUAGGUCCAAAAAGAUUGGUAUAUCGAGCACAUUGUCCGGCCAACAGGUAAUACGAUACGAAGAAUUGAAAGCCCCGGAAAUAACAUGCCUAGCUUGUUCACUGAACCGAGAUGGUGGUAUGGGAACCGCUGUCGGAGGACCAGUCUGGGCUAAUGCAAAAGCUUCCAGUGCCGAGAACACGAAUAUGACUGGCUGGGAGAGUAUUGUUACCGGGCAUAAGGGUGAUAAGUUUGCCCGCACUUGGAUUUGGGGCAAGAAGAAAGCCGGUAGAUGGGCUCUAGAGACAGGUGACAGCACUGAAGUGAAGAGUGUUGCCAUCUCGCAAUGCGGGACAUUUGCCUUUGUCGGCUCUGAUGGUGGUUCUCUGGUUAUGUAUAACUUGCAGUCCGGCCUCCGUCGCCAGUCCUUCCCACCACGGAUAACCCCUGCCCAAGUGAAGAAAGCAAGACUCCAGCGACUCGUCGAUGCGAAAAGUAACCAGCUCGACACCAAGGCACCUACUAAACAUACCAAGGCUAUUACAGGUAUAGUGGUAGAUAGCUUAAAUACUACUGUGGUCAGCUGUGGCCUCGAUGGGAAAGUGAAGCUUCUGGACGAACUGGACUGGAAUCCAAUGUGUGCCAUUACUGGCCUCCGCUUCAGCAGCACCAGUGACCUUCUAGCCCUUAGCUGCGAUGACCUGUCCAUCCGAGUAAUCGAUAUUCAGACCAAAAAACUGGUCCGCGAGCUCUGGGGUUGUGUUGGCCAGGUCAACGACUUCACUAUCUCAAAUGACGGACGUUGGAUUGUCGCUGCCUCUAUGGACUCAGUUAUUCGUGUCUGGGAUUUGCCCACUGGUCAUUUGAUUGAUGCGUUCAAGCUGAAAAAUACCUGCGUUGCGCUGACGUUUUCUAGCACUGGCGAGUUCCUUGCUACUGCUCAUGCAGAUGGAGUAGGGAUCAAUAUCUGGAAUAACAAGAGCCUAUUUACGCAUGUUCCAACAAGGCAUUUAGAGGAAGACUCUGUCGCAGUGGUUGCAACUCCAACAGCAUCGGGAGAAGGUGGUGUUGUCAUGAUUGAAGCUGCGUUUGAUGACAACGACAUCUCAGGUGGUGAAAAGCCGCCUGUCCUUACCCCUGAUCAGCUCUCCCAUAACAUGAUGACUUUGAGCAUGACGCCAAAGACCAGAUGGCAAACUCUUUUGCAUCUUGACACAAUAAAGCAACGAAAUAAACCCAAAGAAGCUCCGAAGAAACCCAAAAAGGCACCUUUUUUCCUCCCGUCUCUCGAGUCUAACUCUACAUCCGAAUUAACCCGCUUAGACAAGGCUGCUGCAGAUCAAGAUGAAGAUGAGAAGAAGGCUUUACAUGCUGAAAGGAGCCGGAUCGCGCGUAUACAACGCAUGAGCGGCUCUGGUGGGCAGUUUUCACAGUUUACAACCUUGCUCCACUCCUCAGGGCAAACAAACGACUUUACUCCAUUUAUUGAGUACUUGAAACUGCUCUCCCCUGCCAACACGGAUCUAGAAAUUCGUUCUCUCGAUCCAAGGAGCCAGGAGGGCCAGGAUAACGAGCUUGCCCUCUUCGUCCGUGCGUUGACGGAACGACUCAGACAGAAACGAGACUUUGAGCUGGUAAACACAUGGAUGGCCGUCUUUUUACGUGUGCAUAAUGAUGCCGUUGAAGCAGCCGUCGGGUUUCAAUCAGAUGGAAGUAAUGGAAGCAUGUUUGUAACGAACGUGGCACUGCAGCAAGCCCUGAGGGAGUGGAAGGUUGAGCAAGAGAGCGAAACCAAACGGCUAGCCGAUCUGGUCAGCUAUUGUCGUGGCAUCGUUGGAUUCUUGCGAUCGGCACGGUGA